UCCGGCUUCUUGGAGUAUCUCUUCUAUAAAGGCUCUUCGCUGAUUCACACGUGGGGAGUUUGAACACAUCGCUAUCUCGCUUCAGAUCCAAAUCUGAGGAUGACGAGUGAGGACGUGGAGCGUCUGUUGAUCCAGUUUCAGAAUGAAGAAGGGGAGGUUCUGGGCUCACCUUUCGAUGUGCCUUUAGACAUCACUCCAGACAAACUACAGCUCGUCUGCAAUGCACUGCUUCAAAAGGAUGAGCCAGUGCCACUGGCAUUUUUUGUGCGUGGCGAGUCUGAGGUGGUGUCCAGUCUGGGAUCGUGUGUGCAGGCUCUCGGGAUCGAGACGGAGCAAGUUGUGCCAGUGGUUUACCAACCUCAGGCUGUGUUCAGGGUCCGAGCUGUGGCCCGCUGUACCAGCACACUACAGGGACACACAGAAGCUGUCAUCUCAUGUGCUUUUAGCCCCACUGGCAAAUAUCUGGCCAGCGGCUCAGGUGAUACCACGGUACGUUUUUGGGACUUGACGACUGAGACGCCCCACCACACUGCAAGAGGACACACACAUUGGGUACUGAGCAUCGCCUGGUCACCCGAUGGAAAGAAGCUGGCUUCAGGGUGCAAGAACAGUCAGAUCUGUCUGUGGGAUCCGGUGACGGGUACACAGAUGGGGAAGACUUUGACCGGACACAGCAAGUGGAUCACUUGGCUCAGCUGGGAACCUCUCCACCUUAACGCAGAGUGUCGGUACUUAGCCAGUAGCUCUAAGGACGGCUCAAUACGUGUCUGGGACACGGUGCUGGGACGCUGUGAGAAGAUCCUGACUGGACACACCCAGUCAGUCACCUGUGUCAAGUGGGGAGGAGAUGGACUUCUUUACACGUCCUCCCAGGACAGAACGGUGAAAGUCUGGAGAGCCAAAGAUGGUGUCCAGUGCAGGACUCUGCAGGGUCACGCCCACUGGGUGAACACCCUGGCCCUCAGCACAGACUACGUCCUGCGCACUGGAGCUUUUGAACCUGCAACCGCCACUAUCAACCCCCAGGACCUCACUGGAUCAUUGGAAGAGCUGAAGGAGAAAGCUUUGGAGAGAUAUAAUACCGUUAGGGGUCCGGCUCCAGAGCGCUUGGUGUCUGGCUCUGACGAUUUCACCUUGUUCAUGUGGAACCCCGCAGAAGACAAGAAGCCUCUGGCCAGGAUGACCGGACACAGUGCUCUGGUCAACGAGGUGCUCUUCUCCCCAGACACCAGGCUCCUCGCCUCUGCCUCAUUCGACAAGUCCAUUAAAAUCUGGGACGGACGCACCGGGAAGUACCUCAUAUCCCUGCGGGGCCACGUGGCAUCCGUGUAUCAAGUGGCGUGGUCGGCAGACAGCAGGCUGCUGGUCAGUGGCAGCAGCGACAGCACACUUAAAGUCUGGGACGUCAAGACGGGGAAGCUGAACAUGGACCUGCCGGGCCACGCUGAUGAGGUUUACGCAGUGGACUGGAGUCCCGAUGGACAAAGAGUGGCCAGUGGCGGGAAAGACAAAUGUCUCCGAAUAUGGAGAAGAUAGUCGCACCUCCGUUCCCCUUCCUUCCUAACGUUGGCCGAGGAUCUCACAUCUUCUGCGAUCAAGAAGCGUGACAGCUGGAGCAAAGGCGGCUAGGCUGUACCUAAUCCCCCAUUUGGCUUUACUACACUGUCAAAAAUGGCAUUGUGUCAAGGAGCUUUUAACAGUGUUAUGAUGCAGAUGCCCUCUCCAGGUUUGAACCUCAUGUGGGAAUAUGAACACUGUAAGUAGUUUAGCGGAAUGGGAGUUUAAAACGGGAGAGUUCUUAAUCAUCAGAACUUCCAUCCAAUGAGAUCGUUGCCAGCACAAGUUACAUUUUAAAAUGUAUGUCCGUGUUGGCGUCUCAAAUUGAAAGGGUUUCCAUUCAUGUACAUAUUGUUUUGUGUACAUCCGGGGGCCCUGACAUGUAAAGAGCUUAAAGUUUAAAGCCUUGUUAUAGUGCCACACCCACACAACUAAUUCAUUUCUGAAUGCAGAAUAUAAUGAGAUGCAUACAUUGACAGAUUACAAUUUCACCUUACUAGAUGAACUAUAUACUGCAGGGGACAGGUGGAGCAGCAGGUGGGAGCGUUUAAGACCUUCCUCUGUGAUGUUAAUGCCGACCACACUCGCCCUGCACCUUCAGCCUUUAAUCUCCUCUGGUCAGCAAAGCCUCGUUCUGCUCUGAACUCUCUGAUCCUCCAUCCCACUGAGGAAAAGUCAUUUAUUCAUUGAUACAAAUAAAUAUUUACAUAACAAACUUUUACCAAAA